AUGUCCCGCCUGGACUCGUGGCUCGGUGAGGUCCAGUGGCUGGGCUUGGUGGCGCUCUUCGUCGUGGCCUUGGGCACUGUGGGCCUGUACCUGGCGCAGUGGGCGCUGGCCAGGGCGCGACCCCGCUCCCCGAGGCGGGCGGCGGAGCCCGGCGAGGGCCAGCGCCCCGAGCCGGAUGCGCUGCUCGCCUGGAUCGUGACGCUGAGCAUCUGGAGGAAGCAGUGGCAGGCCGCCUGGGUGGCCGCCCUGAACGACGAGGCCAAACGGAGAGCGGGCCCGCCACUCCUCUGCUUCCAGGAGGACCCGCUGCAGCAGCCCCUGGAGCUGGCCAUGGGACAAGUGUCCAGCGUGACCCAGUCAGCCCAGGAGAAGGUGGUGUUUUGUCAUGUCGUGGGCGAGACCAUCCAGUUCCUGGUCAGCGUGGGGCUACCCUCGUCCGAGGACACGGGGCGCCCGCUCUACAGUGUGCGGCUCUCCCCGCUUCAUCUACAGCUGGAGCUCCACAUGAAGGAGAAGAGAGAAGACAUUCAGGUCAAGUGGUCCUUCAUCAGCGCGCCAGAGAUGGCCAUUACGAUCCGGCCCAAAGCGCCGGGGGAGGACCAGGCGGUUGGGGCAGAUGCAGUCUCUGAAAGUCUCAAGGAUAUUGUGAAGCACCUGGUUAGCUCUGCGUCCCCAUCAGCGGUUCUGAGCACAAAGCCUACGGAUGUGAGGGGAGUUCAGCAUCUGCAGCGCACUUCAUCUACUCAGGAAUCCUGCCCCCCCAAACCUCCAAGGGCUCAUGAGCUCAAGCUAUUGGUGAAGAAUAUUCGAGCCUCGCUGCUGAGCCAUCCUGGUGCUUCAGGCAACAUUAACCCAGUAUGUGUAGUUCAGCUGAAUGAUCCCAUCCAGAAGUUCUCCAGCACCCUCUCGAGAAACACUACCACCCUCACCUGGGAAGAAGAAUUCACCUUUGAGCUGAAUGCCAAGUCGAGGGAGUUGCACCUGCAGAUUUCAGAGGAUGGGCAAUCCUCAGAAGCUCUGUUGGCGAUGACGACCGUCCCCUUGGAUUUGUUCAAGAAGCAGCCUUCUGGUCCACAGAGCUUUACGCUGACCAGCGGGUCCUCCUCAGGCAGCUCAGCAUUGGGUUCGGUCACUGCAGAGUUUUCUUACAUAGAACCCGGUGAGGCGAAAUCCUGGCAACUGCCUCCAUCUGUUCCUGCUGCAAAGAUAGAAAAAGACCGCACAGUGAUGCCGUGCGGGACCGUGGUCACUACUGUCACUGCCGUGAAAACCAAGCCUCGCUUCGAUGCAGGGAGGGCGUCCCCGCUGAGCUCCGAAUCUCCCCUGAGGACACCUGUGAAGGUGAAGGUCAUCGAGAAGGACAUCUCCAUCCAGGCCAUCUCCUGCCACGGCGCCCCUGUCAGCAAGAUGUUCUCUUCCUCAGAUACAGAGCUACUGGUGCUGAGCGGUGCCGACCCGGUGGCCGAAGUCGCCAUCCGACAGCUCAGCGAGUCCUCGAAGCUGAAGCUCAAAUCCCCGCGGAAGAAGAGCACGAUCGUCAUAUCUGGGGUCUCCAAGACCUCACUAUCUCAGGACAACGACGCCUCCCUGAUGCUGGACUACGCAGCCUCCAUGGACAGCACCUGCCAGAAGGGUGCCCCGGACCAGCCAGGGGCGGCCGUGGCCCCUGCCCCACCCAAGGAGGGGAAGGAGACCCCCGCAGGGGCCCGGCUGGCCCUGGAGCCCCAGGAGACUGAGCUGGAUUCCUGGGACUUGGAAGAGGAGCCACCGGCCGGGGCCGGCGCGUGGGGUGGCCAGGCCCCGCGGGACCCUGCUGGGGAUGAGCUGUCGGAGCACUCCCUGAGUGUGUCUGAGCUGGAGCCGGGCACUUCCCAGAAGCGUAAAGGGAGGCGCGCUGCAGUCACAGGCUGCCUUCUAUUAGAGUCGCUGGAGGGAGCCGCCUUCCUUCCUUUCCUCCUGGACGCGUCGCCCACCGGGCUUUUCACCCGCAGCCCCGCUGACCCCGUGCCUUGCUCUUGCAGGAGGGAUUUUAAGGAAGGGCGCGAAGCUGUUCUUCCGCCGGCGGCACCAGCAGAAAGACCCCGGCCUGAGCCAGUCCCACAACGACCUGGUGUUCCUGCAGCAGCCGGCGGGGCUGCGGAGGAAGGGGUCGACACUUGCCCGGUUCCUGAACAAGAAGCUGCUCUCCAGACACCGGGGCCAGAGCACUGCAAACGGCGCCCCCCUGGACCCCUGCCCAUAGGCCGGCGCGCGCCUCCUUCCCCGCGAUGCUGCAGACGUGGACCCUCCGUAGCCACCCGCCAGGACACAGCCAGAGGGCCCGUGAGUUGUGGACGGCCUCCCUGUCCCCAGUCUAGCUGGGUUUUUUUCCAACAAUUUCAUCUUUUAAAGGGGGAAAAAAACCCAACAGAAAACAUUCUGAGUCUCCAGCCAGGAGGUUUCCCCCGGAGAGAACCUACAAAGCCCAGUUUGCCACCGGAAGCCACGAGACCCGACGGCUCUGCAGCGUGGGCGGUGCUCACGUCUAAGAGUUGAAGUUAAAUGGGAGAAGGAUAUUUACCACUGUGUGAACUACGGAACUUACCAUAAGGGGCUGUGGAUGGGCAGGGGAGGGGGACAAGCUUUGCCCUCCAUGCUCUAACUUUGGUCCGUGCCUGGACCACAUCACAAAGAGGAGGCCGCCUCUGUGCUGUCACUGUGAACGGAAUGGAUGGGUCACCUCUCCUAAUUGGCUGCUCAGAAUAAAAAGUGCAGGCGGCCCUGAGUACUGAGAGGUGGGACACAGGCAAGAGAAAUUACCAUGGGAAUGGAAACACUGACAAACGUAGGAAGACAUUUGCCUUUGAUAUUAGCCAUAUAACUUGAAAAAUUAUGCAAAUACUAAAUAUAUCCUAUGCAUAUUAUGCUGAACACUUUUCUAAGUUUGCUUUGAGCCUAUCUACGAGUGGGAGAUAUAUAAAUCCUUAUGUGGUUUUUAUAUUUUUCUCUAUAGCAUCAGAGCUGUAAUAAUACGAACAGAGCAGCCAACACAGGGAAUGUUUCUCUCCCGUCCGGCCUCCUUGUUCACAGAAGCGCCAGAAGAUGAAGUUAGGAGCAAUAGGCCACAGCUAGAGGGACACGGGCACCACACACAUAUGGUUUUUCUGCAGUCCGAGGUUGUUUUGCCAAAUAUUGCCCAUAGCCGAAACAAAGUACUUUUAGGGCAAAAGAGGAAAUUAUUUCAUGUCUCAGAUGUGAGUCUUAGGAAUGGAAGUUUAAUAACAAAUGAGCCAAACAUGCGUCACACUUCUUCUGUGAGCUCUUCAGAAUUCUACUGUGUUUAGCAACUCUUGGGAUGCCCUUGUUUUGAUUUCCAGUGGAAAAAACAGUCAGUUCGGCACACGAUGUUAAUAUCCCUACGUGUCUUCCAAACCACUUUCCUCAUCUGUACGCCGUUACCCUGGGGUUCAUUCACAAUUUUCACAUCGUCCACUCCUUCUCAAUGAAACACUUUUAGGAGACAUGCUUAUUAAAAAGCACUUGUUGGGCUUCCCUGGUGGCGCAGUGGUUGAGAGUCCGCCUGCCGAUGCAGGGGACGCGGGUUCGUGUCCCGGUCCGGGAAGAUCCCACAUGCCGCGGAAUGGCUGGGCCCGUGAGCCAUGGCCGCUGAGCCUGCGCGUCCGGAGCCUGUGCUCCGCAACGGGAGAGGCCACAGCAGUGAGAGGCCCGCGUACCGAAAAAAAAAAAAAAAGCACUUGUUAUCAGGGUGAAAGGUUUUGAGUAAGAUUCAUUUUCCUCCAAUAAGAUUUAAAGGCUACAAUGAAAACUUGGCUCCUGUCACAGAUGUGAAAUUGGGUGAGUUCCUUCCUAUAGCUGCUUUUGUGAAUCCUUAAACAUAUAUUUCAGGAGUAAGAGAGCCAUGGAUGAGCAAAACCUUUAUAAAAAUCAAAAUUAUAGAAUUUUUUCCUUUCCUUUUUUUUGAGGGAGAGAUUAGAAAACUACAUUAAGAAUUUUGUAAAAUGCACAUUUAAAAUUCUUAGGUAUCCCAAGAAUUAUCGAGUAACUGUAAAAUGACUUUUUCAGCAUAGUUUGCUUUCAAAGAUUAUACUCCAAUUAUAAUCGCUGUAAGUUAGCACCUGGUAUUCCAAAAUAUAGUAUAUUCAUACCAAGUUAGUCCCCAUAGGCUAGUAAUCGCUACUAGUCUUUUGGAACCGAUGGUCUCAUUAAUGUUCUCUUCUACUUGAAGGAUUACUGUUCUCUCUCAUGUGGUCGACAGAACCUGUGACAUUCCAGAAUUAAUUCUAAGAGGAUAUUGUGUGUCGAAUUUCAGGCACUGAUCAGAAGUAGUUAGUACAAUUUGUUUUUGAUUUGGAAAUUCAGAUGGACUUGAUUUAUUCAAGCGUGAAGGUGUCAAGAGUUUUAGAUUCAAGUUUCUCGCUCUGAAAAGAAGUCUUAGCUGUUCCCAUUCCUGAAUGACCCCAUGAGCAUUCUGUUCUCUGCUUCAUCCCUUUAUCCGGGGCUCUGCUCUCUCAGCUUCCUCGUGACUUGAAACCUCUUCAGGGUCCCGGGCAUGGGUCAGGUGGGCUGCGUCCACCCCGUGUGUGAGAAGCGCGUGGAUUAACACGAGGGGGACAGUGUUGCUGGGAGAUGUGUAUUUCUUGGUGUCUGUUGGAUGUACAUCAAGAGCCCUGUACAUUUGAGUCAAUCCCAGAGCUUACCCUCCAGACACACACACACACAGUCACCAUCAAAUGGCUUUUUCUGAAGUUGCGGAGGACACUAACGUAGCAGGGAAUAGGAUGAGAGAAAAGAAGCGUAGGGUCAGGGUCGCACCAUGAGAACAGGGGCUGUAUCGAUACUGUGAAUGUUUCCUUUCCAAGCUGUUUAUCCAGAUCUGGUUUUUAAUGAUGUAGGAUAUUUAUGUCAAAGUAAAUGUCAUAACAUCAAUCUAGAUUAUACACCAAAUGCAAAACGUACUCAUUUGUAAGCCACCUUAUUCCCUUACCUUUUCCACAUGCUGGACUGUUCUGAGGGCUUUUGGUUUGGUUUCUGUUUUGUCUCGAUGAAAUCUUUGCAGAGUGGUGUUCUGAAAGCAGUUUCUCGCGAGCACUAAUGUUAAUGUGCGUCUGUAUGUCCGGAACCAGCUGGUCACGUUGGUUUUAAUGAGCUGUCAACAAUUCUCCUGGAUUUGUUUAAGGACGAGCCUGUGUUCUUUGCGGAGGAAUGAAAUGGACCUUUAGGGGUGCGUGUAUGUUUUCAUGUAGCGUCAACAGAAGUACCCAUCUCAUCGUUCCAGUUGAAAACCUGCCGUGAGGAAGAAGGUUUAGACCGAGCACUUUAUUUAAAUCAGGUCUCAAGUUUAAGUUCACAAGUGGCCCUGGAUUCCUAGAGAGGGCUACCUGGCCUGCCGCUGCCGACCCGUCACAAGCUGGGUGCCUGUCCAGGUGUUUGACUGUUCCGCUGGCCACACCUAUAGAAGAACAGUGCAGAUUUUCUUCUCGAACAGAAAGGGAAAGAUUCAUUUACGCUGCUGCCACUCAAUUCAAGUGUUUUCUGAGUAACCAUCUCGGCUCUCUUGAAACCUGACGGUGUAAGUUGGUGGAUGUUCGAAGUCAGAACAUUUAACUCCAUCAGAUGAAAAACAGAUCUCAGCGCCGGCCUAGACCUGACGCCAGACCCUGCCUCUGCUGCCCCAUACCUGCGAAGGCGUGAUGACCAAAGCAGGCGGCACAGGGACGCCAGCACUGCUAAUCCUGCGAAGCAAACUCAGGUUACACCUCUCUGGUUCCUUUUUUGGGGGGGACAUUCCUACUUUCUGGAUGAGGACGCAUUUGAAAUACAACAAACUGCCCCAUUCACCCAGCUGCCAACUGGUCAGUGACGUGCCGUUUAUAAUUUAGGCUUGUAGGGUUUUUCCCCCCGAUAUCGUAUCAAAGCUACUUUUUUUUUUUUUUUUUUUUUAAAGAAGAAAAUAAGAGGUUUUCCAGGUAUGUGGAGAGGUUUGGCUUGAUGACCAAGUGUGGCGAUGACUUUACCCGACGAUGAUUGUAUCCCUGGGAAGCACUUUAAAAACACACUGCAGUCCUGCGCCAGCCCUGUGCAGCUGGGUUCAUGCGGGGAAGUUGUGGCUGGAACACGAACGGUCUUUGAAGGAAAUAAACGUGCCCACGCAACACUAAA